UUUUAUUAUAUGUAAAAUUUAAGUCAUAGAAACUGGUUUAUUUUUGCAUGAGAUUACCUCCGUUACUCAAUCUGUAGGUUCAAAUAUUUAAAUUUUGUUGAAACUUCAAUUUAGGUUGAGACUUUCUGAUUCCAGGUGUAUAAGCUCCUUACUAGCAGCUUUAAAGGGAAACUACAGUGUAGUAUAAAAUAUCCUAACCACAAUCUCUGAUUACAAAGAAGAGGAAAUCAUUAACACAUUCUUGUGAACUGUAUCAAAUAGGAAGUCACCCUCAUUAUAGUCUGACAACAUAGUUUCAGCUACAGAAUAGAAACUCAGUAUCAAGGUAUAAUAAAGCAAGAGAUUUUCAAAUUUACACGUACAUUCUAUUUUUAAACAGCAUUUUAAAUUUUGGGGAGUUAAAUAGUGGAAAUUGAAUUAAAAAAAAACCCAUCUUGUACAUCUCCUGUCCUUAAUAAUUCCGCACCAUCUCAUCAUUAUGAAUUACUGUGAUUGACAUAAGACUGGUACAGCUUAAUAAGUCUGAAUUUGCUAGGGGAUUCUGGGAUCACGGUUCCCUUAGCAUCAGACAGGUGGUGUGGAAAGUUACUGAGUGAGAGUGCUGAACUUGCAUUUGGUUGCUGACACAACUACGUACUUUGGAUGUUUAAUCGGGGCUCUGUGUAUUUGUGCUGAUCUGGAAGAACUGUCAUGGGCAGUCAAUGGUCAGACCACCUAGAAAACACGCUGAAAACAUAGAUGGUGGACUUGGUACUAACUCACUUGGGUCAACUGAUUCCUUGGGACAGCACAACAAAGAGUUGUGGUGAAUGAUUGAUGAAAAGGUAAAGGUCAGUUGGCCUUCAGUCUGUCCCUGUAGUCCCUUCCAAAAAUAUUAAGCAGAAAAAAAAAAAACAAGUUAUGAAAUGCCAAUACAGCAUAUUUGGGGGACAUGUGACUCCUUGGAGAUAAGGGUAUAAGUACUGGGGAAUAAUCAUACAUGCCACUGCCACCCAACUACUAUCUGAGGAGGCUUGUGAUGCUGUAGGACUGCCACUAUAGCCAACACCCUACUGUGAGGGACUUUUAAAGAGACUUUUGGAUCACAAGGGUUUCAGGGUAGCCAACUCCCUGCCCCAGGGACAUUUGACAGACAAAGUGCUUGAGAAGAAGAGGAAAAGAAGUCUCCAUCUAGAACUGGUCUAGGAGGCCACUGCAUUUCUGAGAGAUGAGCCGUGUGCUGCAGUGUGCUAUAUUUACUGUGCUCAUGGGACUGUUGCUCACAAGAACCAUGGCCUGGACUUCAAGUGGGAAAACACAUGCUGAGCUACUCAACAAUCUUUACAAAAAUGGAGUGAUUAAAUCUCAACGGGUCUUGGAUGUGUUAAUGGCCACAGAUAGAGCCCACUACACCAAGUAUUUACCAUACAUGGAUUCUCCUCAGUCAAUAGGAUAUAAGGCUACAAUCAGUGCACCCCACAUGCAUGCCCAUGCUCUGGAGUUGCUGAAGGAUCAGCUAGUGGAAGGAGCAAAGGCCCUGGAUGUGGGAUCAGGAAGUGGUUACCUCACAGCUUGCUUUGCUAGAAUGGUGGGUCCCACAGGGAAGGCAGUAGGCAUAGAACAUAUUGAAGAGCUGGUUCAUGAAUCCAUUAGAAAUGUCAGAGAAGAUGACCCAACUCUGCUCACUUCUGGCCGUCUGAAACUUCUGGUUGGAGAUGGCAGGCAGGGAUACCCUGAAGAAGCACCUUAUGAUGCCAUCCAUGUUGGAGCAGCAGCAGACACUGUACCAAAGGAGUUGCUGAAAGAGUUGAAGCCAGGUGGCCGGUUGAUCUUGCCAGUUGGGCCUGCAGGUGCAAACCAGGUUCUGAUGCAGUAUGACAAAACCAGUGAUGGGCAAAUUGUGGAAACGCAACUGAUGGGCGUGAUCUAUGUUCCCCUGACAGAUAAGGAGAAGCAGUGGCCCCGGGAUGAAGUUUGACAGAAUAUCACUUACAAAAUGAUCUUGGAAAGCUCAUGAACCAGGCCCUGAAGAAGCAACUAUAGAUGUGUAUGGCUUUGCUUUAUAAAUCAAUUUUUUUUUAACUUGGACACAUCACAAAGGCAUUUUCUGCUUUUUAAAGAACUCAAUACGGAGGAGUGAGAGAAGAAUAUUCCUCCAGAUCAAUCAGCACCCAGUUCCUAAGCUGUGGAGAUCUUGUCUGAUUUCUUCCUGGACUGAGUAAAACCAGAUAAGCCCAGUUGUCCUCUUUGGUCAGCUCCACAUACAAUAUCUAUGUAAGAGAAUGGAGUGUGUGCAAUACUGUUACAGAUUUGAGAAUUCAUCUGUAUUGUACUUGAUUAAAUGGUAGUGCAUUUAUAUUCAUGACUUGCUCAUCUGAUGCCUGAAGAAAAAUUACAGUAUGUAUUUGAUCUGAUUAAUCUUCUAGAUUAAACAUAUUCUUUUCUCAUA